AUGUUGUCCGGAACUAAGGUCUACAACUUUGUUAGCCAACCAGACCAGUUCAAGACCGUACUUGACGCAAUUGCCAAAUCCAAGGGUAUUGUUUUCCUGUGUGGCCCGGAUCUGCUGGCAUCCUCAGGAAUGCCGAGUUUGUCUCAAACAUCAACGUUUUGCCACAACACUUUCGAUUCACAGUUGCCGCUUAGCAAGAUGAUUGUGGACUGCUCAGAGCCAAACGGUGGACCAUCCCAGCUUUUGGACGACCAAUUGGCGGCGUACAACAAGGUUAUGGCAGCCAGAAGAAUUCAGGCGCGUGGCAUCCCAUCGAGUCCGUUCCAUCAGUACUUCCAUCGAGUUUUUGCCUUGAAACGAGUCGUGAAGUACCUAACUACGAGCUUUGACGCUGUUGAGGUUCUCAGGAAGUGCUAUCUUCCAAGAUGCCCUUAUAUCAAAGAGAAAGAUACGACCGCGCUCGAUAAUUCUAUGCUAUACGGGGAGACUGUGCCUUUCAAACGAGCCACCUCUCGCCCUCCCGCUCCGGCAGCUAAGGCGUCCCGCCGCCUACGCCCAGCAGUUCUAAACAGCAUGGCCUCUGACAUGCUUCCUGGAGCCAGGCUACGCAAUAGGAUAGUAGCCGCCGCAAAGAACGCGGACCUACUUCUUAUUGCCGGGAUAUCUCUCCAGUCCGAUGAGAUAAUGGACCUUGUCCGAGAGAUUGCCGAGCAGGUGCAUAGGCGCUAUGGCGGGGUCGUGUACAUCGGGGAACAACCCAGCGGGGGGCGUGGGUCCAAGUACCAUGUCAAUUUCCACUUGCAGAUGACCCCAGACGAGUGCGCCGGGCACAUCCAAAGUACUAUGAACCGGCUUGAAGAUGCGGACACUAGUAUGGAAUCGGCAGUGGGAACAGAAAGCGAAAAAGCAGGUGCCUGGUGUGAAAUCAUAAACAACGAGAUCGAAAGCCUGUUUUUGGUAGAGGAACCUGAGUUAAACAGGCCCCAGUGCUUUCUGUGCAAUACCUCACUCGAAGAAUGCUUGCUUAAGUGCAGGCGUUGUGGUGACUGGCUCUGCUACACGGGUCCAUACCAUACAAAUCGAACGGCUCCCUGCGUCGUGCUGCAGAUGUUCAGGGACGAGGCCAACAAGCCAUCUAUCGAGAUGGAGAUAGAUGCUUUCUGCUGUAUGUACUGUUGGAACCACUCCGAAGAGGGUCCUUAUCCGCAUUCUGUGAAACCUGCUCCAUGGGUGGCUGUACAGGAACGGGGCAGACCUGCGCCGCGCAUGAUUAUGAUCAUCUACUUCCUCGAUCAGUUCUGGCCCCAAGCAAAACAUCUCAGGAACCUUGUGGCCGGGAAAUGGGCUGGUAGAGGCUGGUCGCCGGUGCGACUGGAAAACCUCCAUGAGCCCCAUAACAUAUUACCAAAUUUCUCCUGGGAUGCAAAGACAUACAACGUCUUUGUCAUAUAUAUCACGCACGGCAUCUCGAGCUCCAAGGGGUACCAGAUCUCCCCCACAGAGUUGUAUCCAGCGCCCCAGUUUCUUGAAUACACUCUUACGCCGGUGAGGGACAUAAUACUCCAAGCAAACCAUUCCUUGGCCAUUUUUGCCUGCUGCGGGUAUCCCUUCUUGGAGCCUCAGAAGGAGCAUUUUCAUAAACUCUAUCAUCGGCUGCCUGAACGAGAAGCUUUCCCCGGCUUUCCUUCUUUCCUUUAUGGAAAGCUAACCACGGUCUCGGCAGACGAUAGAGUGUACUCAGAGGAUGCGAUGAACUCAUGGAUGUCAAGCGAUAUCGCGGUCAGCCAUACCGAUCUAAUCUAUCUUCAGAGGUUGUCCCCUCCGGUCAUGUGGCUCUUUUCACCCUUUGAUACCCGUCCGCUUGGGAAGGAGCUGCCCCACAUCCUCACUGCGUGCAAAUGCAGACGUGAAGAGAUGGUGACUGCACAGGGGAAGCAAACCGCAAAAGUAUGGAAGGUUUCACACAAUGCCACGAUAGGAAUGCCCUUGAGUGAUGUUCGAGUCAAGGUGUCAUGUUCUAUAUGUUGGCAAAUGUGGGUCCUACCAUCCAAGCAUCUCAAGGGGAAAGUAUAUUCGCAUGCAGGUCUUUACUGCUCAGUAGUUCCGUACUUUGCGACGUAG